AUGGAUCUUCUACCAGAUUUACCACCGAUUACAAAGUACUAUCUAUAUGGUACAAUAGCGAUGGCUAUCGCAAGGCAUUAUGAUCUUUUAAGUAUAUAUGACGUGUUAUAUUCGUGGGAUCUAGUGUACCAUAAAAAACAGUAUUUGAGAUUAGUCUAUGCUUUGUUUGAUUUAGGGCUUUCGUCUACAUCUAUGCUUUUCACAUUCACUGUUAUUUCAUCAUUAAAGGAAUGGGAACAGAGCGCGGUUUCGAAGAGGAGGUUCGCAAUUCAGUUAAUUGGAAUGUACCUGGUUAUAAUUUCUAUCAGCAUUUACACGGAACUUCCUCAUUCCGUAGGUGGCAUUUUGGGGUUCAAUAUAUGGUAUUAUGUGACUAAGAAAAGCAGAAAUAUCAUACAUUUAGGCGAUGAUUUAGAGAUCAGACAGGCGUGGCUGCCUAUCUUAUCGAUGGGUCUUGGAUGGGGACGUUGGAAAUGGAAUACUUUGCAACUGUUAUCUGUAUUUUUGCCCGGGCAUUUGGUUUACUUCUUUAAUGAGGCUAUGCAGAAAACUUACGGAUUUGAGAUCUAA